AAAUUGUUUAUAAGUAUAACUCCAGCAUCAGAGAUCCAUUCGAUAGCGACUUCUCUCUCUCUCUUUUCUGAUAUCAGAAAAACUUUCUUUGUUUUCUCUCUUCCUUUUCUCAUAUAGAAAAACGUUCAGAGAUUCAUUCGAUAGCACUACCUAUAUUAGUCGUGAAUUUUACAGUGUUUGAUUCAUGAAACAAAAGAUACGGUCGAUUUUUGUUUUUUGGGGAUGACGAUCAGAAGCAAAAAAAGCAAAGGCUAUCGUCAAGAGAUCAAAUCAACUUGCGCGGACUCCAACACUUUGUUCUCAAAAGAUGUGGUUGCAACUUCGGAGCUUUUUUCAUCUGUGAUAUCGUAGCGUGUGAAAGACGGAUAAUUCUACAGAGACAAUGUAUCAUCCCAUUCGGUCAGGUUAAUUUUCAUCCCUACCUUGUUUAUAAUCUAUAAUCUUAUAGAUAGGUUAAUUACAAAAAAGGUUUUUAUACUUUUGAUUUUUCAAAACAAAAUAUAUUUCUCAAAAAAAAAAUUUUUAAUGGUUUUCAACUCUCUCUUUU